GCACGCAAACAGCAGCAAGGAAGACAAAAGCCGACAUAAGCUAAGCGAGGCCCCAGAGCAGCUUCCUCUAAACUUGACACUUGCCAGAUCCCCGCCAGCAUGGUUGCUCUGAAUCCAAUGACUUUGGGAAUUUAUCUUCAGCUUUUCUUCCGCUUUAUUGUGUCUCAGCGUACUUUCAUCAACAGCGUCCUCCCAAUUUCAGCAGCUCUUCCUGGCCUGGAUCAGAAGAAGCGUGGCAGCCACAGAGCAUGCUGCCUGUUGAUGCCACCUCCACCCCCAUUGUUCCUGCCUCCGUUCUUCAGAGGUGGCCGAAGUCCCCUUCUUUCCCCAGACAUGAAGAAUCUCAUCCUUGAACUUGAGACCACCCAGUCUCCAUGUGUGCAAGGAUCACUCUGCUCCCCUGGACCUCCUGGCCCCCAGGGUCCACCGGGACUUCCUGGCAAGAUAGGACCAAAGGGAGAGAAGGGAGAGUUUGGCCGACCAGGAAGGAAGGGUAGACCUGGCCCCCCAGGUGUUCCGGGCAUGCCUGGGCCCAUUGGCUGGCCAGGCCCUGAAGGACCCAGGGGUGAAAAAGGUGACCUGGGUAUGAUGGGCUUGCCAGGGUCAAGAGGACCAAUGGGCUCCAAGGGCUACCCUGGAUCCAGAGGGGAAAAGGGAUCCAGAGGUGAAAGGGGUGACUUGGGUCCCAAAGGAGAAAAGGGUUUCCCAGGACUUCCUGGAAUGUUAGGACAGAAAGGUGAAAUGGGUCCAAAGGGUGAACCUGGGCUAGCAGGACACCGGGGCCCCACAGGAAGACCAGGAAAAAGAGGCAAGCAGGGACAGAAGGGAGAUAGUGGAGUUAUGGGCCCUCCAGGCAAGCCUGGACCUGCUGGUCAACCUGGCCCUCCAGGACCCCCAGGACCUCUAGGCCCCCCAGCUGCAGGACAACUUAUAAUGGGACCCAAAGGGGAAAGAGGAUUUCCCGGGCCUCCAGGAAGAUGUCUGUGUGGACCGCCCAUGAGUGUGAAUAACCCUUCCUACGGGGAAUCCAUGUAUGGGUCCAGUUCCCCACGAGUUCCUGUGAUUUUUGUGGUCAACAAUCAAAAAGAGCUUGAGAGUCUGAACACCCAAAAUGCCAUUGCCUUCCGUAGAGACCAGAGAUCUCUGUACUUCAAAGACAGCCUUGGCUGGCUCCCCAUCCAGUUGACCCCUUUCUACCCUGUGGAUUACACUGUAGACCAUCGUAGCGCCUGUGGGGAUGGGGUCCUGCAGCCCGGGGAGGAGUGUGAUGAUGCCAAUGAUGAUACGGGUGACGACUGCAUCAGCUGUCACCGGGCCUACUGUGGAGAUGGUCACCGGCAUGAGGGUGUGGAGGACUGUGACGGCUCUGACUUUGGCUAUCUGACCUGCGAGACCUAUCUCCCUGGGUCAUACGGAGACCUGCGGUGCACCCCGUACUGCUACAUUGACUCCACACCCUGCCGCUAUUUCACAUGAGGGGUGCGAGAAGAAGGUGGGCUGCAGCUUCCCCACUUUGUUCAACAGACCUCGCACUGUCCUGGUCCAGUUUCCACCAACCUCUGUGCAACAGAAACAAGGACAACUCUUGCUGCUGAGAUGUGCUUUUAACAGUCUGACUGGAAGAACCCAGGACCACUGCACCCUGUCUUAAUCCAAAGUACUAGAAAACCUUCCACAUGCCCAACCUGGCAAUGUUCCCCAUUGCUACCACUGGCCCAAGAGCCGGCUACAAAGUCCUUCUUCUUCCUGAAUGUUGCUGACCCUGGCUGU